AGUAAAAUUCGCUACGGAUCGCACUCUCCUGUCUACUAGACAAACCCACAGUGAAAAAUAGCAAAAAAUAAGGUUAAAAUGUGUUAUUUAUCAGUAUAUAGUUUUACUUGAAAAGUGCCAACUCUUUUAAUGACUUGUGGUGAUAACAAUGAGCGUGAACCAUUCAAAGUCACACUUGAAAACUAAGCCCUCGUCGUCCUGCUGAAUCGGCCCGUACGGCACGGAUGCCAGCAAACGCCGCACGUCGCAUGUUUCUGAAAACGUGAUAGUAUUAUCUGAAGUUUGAAAUCAGUGCAGCACCCAGCAGUUAUACUGAGUAAGCCGGUUACGUGCCAUCCACCCACUCACCCGCAGGCCACAAAAAGAAUUAUUUUUAUUGCGAUUAUUCUGACCGCAAAUUUGACCACUUGUUUGGUCUAAUCAGCGUUCUAUUCAAAGUCCCAGCCAAAUGUUAGACUGACUAUGUUCCUCUCCCCGUUAUUUAAUGUUUGAGUUAAGCUUCAUGCCAACAUAAAUGCACAUUUUGCAGUUCAUUUUUGCAAUAGAAUUGCACAGUGCAGGCGUUAUAGUUCCCCCUGGACUACUCUACAGAUAAGUGGAUUAGUUGACGAAGAACUGUGAAGUACCGUAGCUCAAGUUUCAAGUGCAUGGCGAGAUUAUCCGUAGUUUGUGCCAGCCCAUGCCCAUAUCGAUAACAAUGUUGUCCCGUUCCUGUCGCCGGGGACAGUGACUGAGCUGGGCGAUAGUUAACAGUAAUGUAACGUAUUUGUUAGCUAUUAUGUAGCUAUCAUCUUAAAGUUCAGUUGGAAAUUCGAUCUGGAGAAGGAGGUUUGAAUUCUGUUCUAGCGGUUGUAAUUGAAGUAUUGAUUGUUUACAUUUACAUUAAUGGUAUGUUAGCUUUGAUUUGAUAUAGUGAGCCUCGGGGUGUGGUGGCCACACAAACGUCGACAAGUUUAUGUUUUUUUUUAGCAGAUGAAGCAAGUGGCAAAUUAAGCAACAGGUAACCAUGUUGGACACGCUAAAGUUCUUCCUGUUUGUGGUGCUCCUAUUGAUCACUAUUAUCCUCAACCAAAAUGUAACGUCGAAGAAAUCCGGCGAGCGAGAUCUCAGCCAGUUCUGGAAGCUGGAAAAUGCCAACGGAACCCUAAAAAUGGAAAACCUAACACUUCCAUCCGGAGUUUAUACGGCUCUGGAACAAGGUCUCAUCAUAGAAUCUAUACUGGACUUUAAGAACGAUCUCACAACGAAGUGGAUCGCCCACGAUAAUUGGACCUACUCACUGGAUCUGCCGUGUGAUUUGGAAGAGCUUAACUUUACGAAUGUUCUACUAACGUUGCAUGGCGUUGAUACUUUUGCGGAAGUUUACCUUGGCGAUGUCCUAAUCGGCCGGACCAACAACAUGUUCGUUCGUUAUCGGUUCAAUGUCAAAGCGAAGCUGAAAUACGAGUGCAAGCACUCCCUACGUCUGCGGUUGGUUAUCCGAUCGCCGGUAGCGGUAGCCCUGUCCAUGUCCGCCGGCUAUCAGCACCGGAAAAUAGUUCCCGAAUGCCCUCCGAAGGUGUACAACGGCGAGUGUCACGUCAACCUGAUUCGCAAAAUGCAAGCCAGUUUCGCCUGGGACUGGGGCUUGUCGGCCCCUUCGAUGGGUAUUUGGAAACCCGUCCGGCUGGAGUUCUACAAUUCCGUUAAGAUACGGGAUAUCACGUUCGCACUGUCCGAUGAGGCAACACACUGGUCCGUGCUGGUGGGAGUCUACUUGGAGGCCGGCACAAGCAGCAGAAAGUUGAAUGGAACUUUGACCUUUAAGCUACUAGGAGUGGAAAUCCCUGCGGAUGAGCAAAUUAUCGCCGUCGAAGAAACCACCAACAGCUUCGGCGAGCUGCUGGUGGAGCACAACCUGACGAUUGCACGGAAGGACGUAAGCCUUUGGUGGCCAAACGGCUAUGGCCGACAGGCACUGUACAAUCUGUACGUGAAAUGGGAAGACAGCCAGGUCAAUAACAUUCGAGUUCACAAUCGUGACACGCUGAUUUCGGAGAAAGUCACCCGGGUAGGGUUUCGCACCGUUAAUCUCAGCCAGGAACGAACUUCCGACGGGUUGAUGUUCUAUUUCAUCGUUAACGAUAUUCCGAUGUUCAUGAAAGGAUCGAAUUGGAUACCGUCCUCCGUUUUGCCGGAGAGUUCCUAUGACGAAAACUAUGUUAAAUUCCUACUCUACGCGGCACGUGACGCCAACAUGAACAUGCUUCGCGUUUGGGGUGGAGGCGUCUACGAGAGUGAUUACUUUUAUCAACUGGCCGACGAGUUGGGAAUUUUGAUAUGGCACGAUAUGAUGUUUGCUUGUUCAACGUAUCCCGCCAGCGAUGCGUUUCUGGUGAAUGUAGCAAUUGAAGUGCAUCAAAAUGUGCGCCGGAUACAGCACCAUCCGAGUGUUGCCCUUUGGGCAACGAACAACGAAAAUGAGGUAGCUUUAAGGCAGAAUUGGUACGGUACCAGGUUCGAGGAGGACGCUUAUGUUGCGGAUUACAAACAACUCUACGUGAAUGUUAUCCAACCAGAGAUUUUGAAGGUAGAUAAAUGGCGAAAGGUUCUUAUAUCGUCCCCUUCCAAUGGAGAUCACUCCAUUGAAGAGGAUUAUUUUGCUAAAAAUCCACAAGAUCCACGGUAUGGUGAUGUUCACUACUACAACUACGUAAUGGAUGGAUGGAAUCCAAUCAUCUACAAAGGUGGCCGUUUCAUUUCCGAGUACGGCUUCCAAUCGUUCCCCGCCCUUACAAGUUGGCCCAUUCGAGAUCUAGACAUGGAUGAACUAUCGGACCUAAUCGAACAUCGACAGCACAGUCCACUGCGGAACGGACCAAUCCUACAGAUGAUCGAAGAAAACCUUCCAAUGCCGGCGAAAAAUUCUUCCACCUAUUGGCGAGAUAUCAUCUAUCUCAGCCAGGUUUCACAGGCCAUGAUAGUGAAAACCGAAACCGAAGUCUAUCGGUCGAAACGCAUCGAACAGGGCACGAUGGGAGCACUGUACUGGCAGCUGAACGAUGUUUGGAUCGCUCCAUCUUGGUCCAGUAUAGAGUACGGUGGCAAGUUCAAAAUCCUACACUACUGGAUGAAGGCUAUUUUUGCCCAACGACACGUCGUGGCCUACAUCAACCCGAUGAAAAUGCUCGACAUCUAUCUCAUUCGCGACAACUUAGGACCAAAUGAAACGUGGUCUGUUGAAAUAAAAUUACAACGAUGGGAUAAAUUUAUGCCAGUCGAUUUGCUGUCUUACAACCCAGUCAAUGUUUCAAAAAAUACGGUAAUCAAACUGGUGGACUCUUUCGACAUUUACGGGUUGAUGAAACGAAAAAACCUAGAUGCCAAGGAACACCUAUUACUGAUAGAUGUUUACCGAAAUGAUAAACGAUUUGCCGAAAACUUCGUAUUUCUGGAUAAAAUCAAGCAGGCAACUCAGCUGGCAAAUGUCAGCCUAGACCUGAACAUUGCUUCGGUUGUCUGCAAGACGGCAUCCAACAUUGUUCAAGUGAGCAUAGAAGUAACCGUAGAUGCCCCGGCCGUGUUUGUUUAUCUGGAGCUGACACCGGAAAAUAGUGCCCUUAAACAGUGCCAGUUUUCCAAGAAUGGUUUUCUACAGUUCAAACCCAUUCAGACGGUGCACAUGCAGUGCGUCGACAUGGGCUGUAAGACCAAAAUACAAAGCAGUGACAUCACCGUACUUACGAUAAAUGAACUGAUGUUUAAUUAGAGCAAGACUGUAAGGAUGUUAAUA